AUAUGCACAACAACAUAUCAACACUCUCAACGCAAAAAUUAAUAAUAAAUCAAUAAUGGGAGUUACAACAAGAAUCAGACUACAAGCAGCACAAAAUCAAUUAUGGAUUCCAAAUUCAAUCUUGGAAACAAAUAUCUUAAAAGAACAAACAAUCCCAUAUCAAAAUCUUACACUAGACAUACUAAUACUAGCAAAACAAUAUAGAAUAGAAUGGUCCACAUCAACUAUUUCCUCAAAAAUUACCACCACCCUAACAGGAGAAGUGCAACCUCCUGAAGGAAAUACUUCGACAUCAAAAGCUUUAGCAGUCCUCUUUUUGAAAGACCAAAAAACAAACAAA